AUGCCCCGCGGUCGCUCCCGCGCCAAGCGAUCGGAGUCAUCCUCCGCCUCCGACGACGAGGACGACCGGAACGCCUCCCCGGAGCAACUCGCGUCGUCACCGUCGUUGAAAUACGUCCCUGGUUCGACUGGAAAACAAGCUCGCGCUCGGGCAAAGUUGCUCAGAGACGCCCCGCGACGGCGACGAGAGGAGGCGGACGGGCGACGGAGCGCUCGACGACGAUCACCGUCGUUAUCUGGAAGCGUAGACGGCGACGCACAGAGCGAAGUGAGCGCACAGAGUUCGAAGAAGGAGCGCGAUGAGUUGGCUCGCUUGAGGGCGUUGCUCGAGCGCGCGGCGCUGAGCGAACGCGACGCGGAACGCGUGCGCGUGGAGCUUCGCAGAGAGCGCACGGACGAUGAUAGAGUCGAUAAGUUGGACGCGGAGACGUUCGUUUCGAGGGUGCGAGCGAACGAGGCGUCGUUGCGGGACGCGGUGCGUGUGACCUCGAGCGAGUCGACGGUUUGGCCCACCGGUCGGAGGGGCGAGCGCAGAGGCGGAGCGACGAAUGCUUCAGAGGUCGAGAAGCGACCGGUGGAGGCGUUCGACGCGCUGCCGCAAGAGGUGUGGGCACGGGUGUUCGGAAUGUUGUCGUUUCGCGAUUCUGUUCGGCUAGCGGCGACGUGCAAGUCACUGUGGGUGCUGUCUCAACGCGAGCACGUCAGGGACGCGCUGUGCGAGUCAAUGUUUGGCAAACCUCGAGCGUCGAGCGAGAUUAAGGAUUCCGAGUUGGUUUCUUCGUUCUUGUCGAGCGAAAGGUGGUUCGGUGAUCUCCGCACGGGAGAGGUGAGCACGCCGAAGCCGGUGCACUUCGGCGUCGGGCCGAGUUUCGUUCGCGGUUUGAUCGCGGACGAGACGACGGUUACGUCGUUCGACAGAGAAAAGGUGAAGAUUUGGUAUCACGGCGCGGGAAUUCGGGGCGAUGACGACGCAGGUGGCCGGUUGGCGACGUUAAUGGUCGAAAAAAGGAGCACCGCAACGCGGGGCUUAACGGCGCUCGCCGUAAAUCAGUCGUCAAUCGUGUGCGGCGACGACGGCGGGCGACUGCGGAUUUGGGACAGCGACACGCUCGAGUACAUGCAAAAGCGCGCGCACGCGAUUCCAGAUGAUCGCGCCAUCUCCGCGCUGUGCGGUAUCCCAGCGACGUCCCUGGUCGUAUGCGCGAGCGCGAUGCAUCCGUCGCUGGAGAUAUGGGACACGGACGAAGCGGCGAGCGUCACUUCAGUUUCGCUUCGAGAUUUGAUUUCGGAUGAGCGCGCGCACGGCGUGACGUGCAUGGGGAUGUUCGGAGGUAACUCAUACGGACGUCUUCGCUCGCACGUCGCCGCGACGUCGCGGAUGUGGGUGGGAUCUACGUUCCAGAAAGUCGUCGGCGUCGAUUUGAACCGCGCCGCGUUCGUUGAUACUCUCUCUCUGCCAGAGUCUUACGAGAAUGCGGAAAUCAACGCUCUCUCAGUGAACGGACCUCUCAUCACCGCCGUGGUGAAAGACAUCGGCGCCGUCAUGUGGGACAGACGGGGCAUGCCGCAGGAACAAAUAGUGGCGAUAUUUGAAUCGCCUUUCGCUACGUUCGAGGGUGUCUCCGAACAAUCCAGCUGCGUCGAUUUGGAAGACUUUGCGCUCUUCAUGUCGAAUCCGGGCGACGCGGGCGUGGCUCUAUUCGACGUUAGGAAAACGUUUGGACCGCCUCGAAAGACGGAGCGAUGGCUAUCAACCGCGUGUACGCAUCCUCCGGUAUCCAUCUUGCGUCCUCGCCGAAGGACACGCGGAUUCUCCGAGGAGGUCAGCGUUGGUUGUUUCGCUCGCGUGCCGGGCGCUCCAGGAGCUGUAAUUGUGGCUCCAGACUCGGCGAACAGCGAAGCGCGGUGUUCCAUUUUUUCACAUAAAAAUGAACUCCUCACUAAUGAGGAGAUAGAUAGUAUGACCGCCGCGGAGAUGGAAGAUAGUUGGCGGUCGAGGCGCGCUCGUAAGGGGAAGCCGCCUGUGCCAAAGACGCGCGGCCGACAUCCGAAACGCCCGGGCUUGUAUCAUCAGUAA